AAACUGUUGCAGCGUAUGCGACACCCCAUUUGAAAACCUUUCACUUCUGCAGUCAUUGACGGAGCCAGCCUGCUUGAGAAGAGUGCCGAAUGCGGCAGCGUCCCUCUCACUAUACGAGUGUUUGUGUGGCCGCCGUCUCUGCGUAGCCAUGAGGUACGGCACGGUGCUCCUCGCGCUGCUCUUUUCUCUAAACCCCGCUUGGACUGACAAUACCUGUAAACAACCUGCUAGUCUACAUAACACAAAGGAACCAGAAAAGCGGAGUUUUAGUGCUGGAGAAAAGUUUCGUUACAGCUGCAGUAUUGGUCACGUACGAAAAGCUGGCACAUCUAAUCUCAUCAAAUGUGGGAAAAAUGGAUCCUGGACACAGUCCAACUUAAUAUGUAUUGUCGACUUAAAACUGCAGACAACGACCAGCACACCUCUUACUACCAGGGCUGAAAAAGGGUCUGUGGCUAACACAACAUCAAAGGCGAAAGAAAGAGAAACAAGCACUGAAAUGACUGUGUUCACUGAACAUAGUACAUGGAGGGCAAGUACCUCCCCAACUACACCAUCAUUGGAGGCAACUAAGCACAAAACACCUAAUCCUACUACUGACACAGUUACAACAACAGAUUGGACAAAGAAUGAAAGGACAGCAACAGCAAAUACUCCCAAAUUUACUUCACCUAUGGAGCCACAGGCUGAAACACCAUUGAAUAAGGAGUACUCACAAACAUUUAGAGCUACGGUAACAGAUCCUGUCCAAGAAGCAACCACAUUUGACGCUUCAACAGCAAAGGCUAUAACUGAAGAGAAAGAAAAGUCAAAUUCAACUCAAGCUCACAUCGAGACAUCAACUUUCAGAAAUACAGAUCAGUCCAUAACAGAGAAAGAAACACACUUAUCAAAAAUUACAUCUUCCUAUAUGUCAUCAUCAGAAUCAACAAAUACAAGUCAAGAUACAUUUUCAGCCAAUCCUAACAGAGGAGUAAACAUAGCAGUUGGAAUCGGUUUCUUCAUAACUGUCCUAGCUGUUGUAGUCUUCUAUUAUUUCUGGAGAAGACGGAAAAAUGGGCGCAAUCCUGUCAGCUAUCCAAAUGAACUAGAACUUCUGAAUAAAGACGAAUGCCCACCUACUGCACCUUUAUCAUUGAUUGAUGCAAAUGAGGGUAACUGAUGAGCCAAACAGAAAAAAAAAAGUUGCUGAUUUUCAAAAUCUGUGUAAACCCAAUAACAAUCAAGAAAUUAUAGCCAACACCAAUCGACUUGGUCUCGUCCAUUGCGAGAGAUGGACGUCUGAAGCGGAGCUCCGCUAGCAGCAGCAUUAUUUCUCAUAUUAUUUGCUUAUUAU